AUGAGGGAUUUUAUUCAUAGUUUGGAAGGUUUCACCUUCUCUAUCGGGGCGCCUUCCGCCUCUCUUUCCCUCGUUACUGAUGCCGCUACAGAUGCUCCUAGCAGGGUGAUUCCUCCCAUUGGGAAGAGAAGACAGGAGCACCCGGUCCUGUUUUUGGAGGUUCAACGGUCAGCUUCGGUCGGGAUAGAUGAGUUGGGGUCGAGUUCCUUAGAUACUACAUAA